AUGGACUCUCGUUUUCGCUCCAACACUAACCCCGCGCUGCUCGAAGCGCGUCGUCUUCGGCAAGAAAAAGAUGUGGAGCUGGCACGCUCGCUCCAAGAAGAUCGGAAACGCAACCUUGAGGAGCAGUCGCUCGCGGCUGCCAAGCGCGCGGCAGAGAAGACGCAGAAGCUGGUAGCGGUGGUACGACUGCCCGAUGAGCUUCUGGAAGACUCGGUGGAGGCGUUGACAAGCGCGUUGCGUGUGGCCGGCGGCGCAAGGAUUGCGCGUAGAUUCAGCGGCAGGGGCAAACUCAGGAGCGUGGCCGAUUCGUAGGGAUGGGCGCAGGCGAUGCAGGGGGGGACGGCGUCAGGAAGGAGAGAGCACAGCGACGGUUGGGGGGGAUGAAGGGGUGCGGAUGAAGGGGUGCGAGUGAAGGUAGGGAGAGAUGCCAAUGUGGAGGGCCGGGGGGCUGGAUUAGGGUUUUGUAAGAGCAGGAUGGAUGAUACAGUACAGAUCUGUACUGUAGUGGGACGGAAAAUGACGGGAGAUGGUGGGACGGUGGGAGAUGGUGGGACGGUGGGAGAUGAUGUUUUGCGGUUCUUUUUGCGCAGUUUCUAAAUAAACAGAACGGCGUGGCGCAGUUUCUAAAAUACACGGAACGCGGUUGCCCAGCUUCUAAAUACCCUUCGAAGGGUAGACCCAAUACUCUCUCAAUAAAGUCGACCAUUCAAGGGUAGACGAAACGGCGUUGCCCCAUGGUGUCGUUUCAGGUUGAGGCUUUUGUGAGACAGGGGAAGUCUCGGGGAGAGGAGGCAGGGUGUCGUUUCAGGUUGAGGCUUUUGUGGGACAGGGGAGGUCUCGGCGAGAGGAGGCAGGGUGUCGUUUCAGGUUGAGGCUUUCGUGGGACAGGGGACUUCUCGGGGAGAGGAGGCAGGGUGAGCACGUGAAGCUUGUGGGGUGUUGUCACGAGUAUGGACUUUGGUUCAAGUGCGUGUGAAUAACGCAACCUCUCUCGGCUUUUUGCGCCUUGUUCGGUAGGAAAGGGAGUAUGUGGACGUGUUUUUCUCCAUGGUUUUCACCAUGUUUUUCUCCAUACUUUUCUCCAUACUUUUCUCCAUGUUUUUCCCCAGCAAAGCUUGAUGGCAUGGUGCAAGUCAGGAAAUCAGUACUGAAGAGUCAUCUUUCUCCAACUACAGCACCAUGCAAGUGCAAUGCCAUUACCACAAUACCAUUUUAACUAAGACAACCGCCGCUCCCCUCACUUGGUACGUUUUUCUUUAUGUCGUGAAGGUUCGAGUAGCCGAAUUCUUUGUAGGGAUAUGCGUGAAGCUGCAGGGUGAGGCUUGAAAAUAAGUAACCAACAAUAAUAGUGGGGACUGUUCUGCAUACGAGCAACCAGUUUAUCUCGCGAAA